AGCAGAGAGAAAAGAGCAGUGGUAUGUGCUCCAGCAAGACGUGGACCACCAGGCGUACCUGGAAAAGAUGGUCCACAGGGUGCUGAUGGCCCGAAUGGCAAGCGUGGUAUAGAUGCUCGCGACAUUCUGGCCGAACAGCAAGAAAAAUGCAUAAUAUGCCCGGCAGGCGAUACAGGACCAGAAGGCCCACCGGGAGAUAGAGGAUUGCAAGGAGAGAAAGGGAAUAAGGGAUCGCCGGGGAUUCCAGCUGUGGAUGGAAUUGCAGGCGAAAUCGGCCCUGAGGGCGAUGUUGGACCAGCUGGUCAUCCAGGAAAUCCUGGAAGACGCGGCGCAGCCGGCCGACCCGCCGAAGGUGGCAUAGGUAACCCAGGGCCAAAAGGAGCAGACGGACCUGUUGGGCGAGCAGGAGCACAGGGACCGCGAGGAAAGAGGAAUUACAUCUACGGACCGCCUGGACCACCCGGACAACCGGGACCAAAUGGUUUGGAUGGAGUAAAUGGCAAUGUUGGUGAUAGAGGACCAAAAGGACCACCUGGAGAAAAGGGUGCAGACGCGAAGUUCUGCCCAUGUCCUAUGGAAUUACAUAUGGUUAGCGAAUCGCGGAAAUUGUCCAAACCUGCCUCACAGUACGGAACUUCAAUCGCAUCGAAACCAGGCCUUCGACACAAGACAAAGAUCAGCGCAGAAAAGGAUAUUCCCGAGAUGCCCGAUACAGUCGUUGAUUCCACACCCGCGAUGAUCGACGCAGAAGUUCGUGGUGAGAAUAUGUUAGGGACAGGACCCCAUAGUGGUUUCAAGGCUGGUCCUCCAGCUCGUCAAGAGAUACAACCUCCAGGAGGAGAAAGGCGAGCUUUUUUCACUAGGCCUAUGCCAAAAAAACUGCACCCAAAAUGGAAAAUAGAGAGUGAAAAAGAGAAAAAAGUUCUAUGGUCGCUGCCGGUUCAAGACGAAAUUGAUGUUAAUGGCCCUCACUGCAGUAAAAAUUCAUUUUUAAGGCCUAGAAUGCCAAUGCUUGGUUCUGCUCCUGGUACAAUAACUGGAACAAGGAUAGAAAGACCGACUACCAUCGAACCCAUAUCCACCACAGCAAAA